AUGAAACUCUCAGGAAAAAUGAUAUCUGCAGAAUGUUUUAUGAUAAUAACGGUGACAUGGUUCGUAUCCAUGAGUCAUGGUCAGAUUGGUAAUGUAGCUGAAGCACCCGGCAUCCCAACCAACGGACUCGACACUAAUUGGUAUGACGACGCACGAGCCACAUUUUACGGUGAUAUCCAUGGUGGAGACACUCAACAUGGAGCUUGUGGAUACACUGACAAACCAGUCUAUGGUCUAGCCACGGCGGGAUUGAGCACGGUGCUCUUCAACAACGGGUACACUUGCGGGGCUUGUUACGAGGUCAUGUGUGCGCCUAAUCCACAAGGGUGUUUGCCCGGGGUCGUCAAGAUCACAGCAACAAAUUUAUGUCCACCAGAAUCCGCUUGGUGCAACCUACCAAACAAACACUUUGAUCUCACUCUACCAAUGUUCCUCAAGAUAGCCCAAUACAAAACCGGGAUUGUCCCGGUUAAAUACAGGCGUGUUCCUUGUUCUAGAGCCGGAGGUAUCAAGUUUGAAACGAAAGGAAACCCUUAUUUUCUAAUGAUCUUGGCAUACAACGUAGGAGGAGCCGGAGAUAUAAAAGCGAUGCAGGUCAAGGGAAGCAAGACCGGGUGGAUAACAAUGAGCAGAAAUUGGGGACAAAAUUGGUCCAUUAAUGCUGCUCUGACUGGUCAGAGUUUAUCAUUGAAGGUUACGACGAGUGAUGGGAUUACUAAGGUUUUUACUAAUGUGAUGCCAUCGAAUUGGGGAUUUGGACAGACUUAUGAUGGGAAAAGUAACUUUUAA